UCUGGAUCCGCGGCUCCUCGUGGCGGUUGUGCUGUGGCGUGGCGUGGUCGUGCUUUACCAGCGAGGUGUGGGUUCCGGCAACAGCGUGGCAUCAAGGCUUCGCCGCUGGAAUUUUGUGUGUGGCUGGCAUCGAGUCAUCAUGUGCCUGUGUGCGUGGGUGUUCUUUUUAUAGGCGGCUGUAUGAAGCAUUGUGGCCUAUUUUUAAGUAUUCUUUUGUGGACAGGACCCAAUCCUGGUGGUGGGUUUUUCCUCACAGAUCCGCGCGUGUGUGUGUGUGUGUGUGUGUGUGGUGUCACGGGUGUUUUAGUUUCUUUCUCCCUUCAUGAUUGACGAUGGCAAAUGAGGCGAGACCAUGUCCAUGUGAUAUCGGGGAUCGAAUGGAGUAUGGCGAACUCGGCCAGGAGGUCCAAAUCGAGCAUUUCAAAGCAUAUGUAGCGAAACCAUCUACGGUGUCCGAGAAGGCCGUUGUCGUCAUUCACGACAUAUUUGGGUGGCAGCUUCCCAACACCAGAUACAUGGCGGACAUGUUGGCUGCCAAUGGAUACACGGCCGUUUGUCCGGAUUUCUUUCUUGGAAAAGAACCGUGGAGCCCAUCACGUGACUGGUCCACAUUCAUGGCAUGGAUUGAAGACAAGAAGUCCACCAACAUCAACAAAGAGGUGGAUGCUUUGCUGAGGUUCCUGGUGAAGCACUGCGGGGCCAAACGCAUCGGCAUGGUGGGCUUCUGCUGGGGAGGAUCUGCCACACAUCAUAUCGCCUUGCACUACCCCGAGGUGUCGGCCGGCGUGUCAUUCUACGGAAUCAUCGAAGAGGGAGAGGACAAAUACGACCUGAAGAGUCCGACCUUGUUUAUCUUUGCAGAGAACGACAACUUCAUCCCGUUGGAUCAGGUGAGCCGCCUGGAAGCAAAGCUGGAGGAGAAAUGCAACGUGGAUUACCAGGUGAAGGUCUUCCCCGGACAGAGCCACGGAUUCGCACACCGGAAGAGAGAGGACAUCAACCCGAUGGAUGAACCCAGAAUUCAGGAGGCCAGAACUGAUAUGAUCAACUGGCUGAACAAAUAUAUUUAAAUACAUGCAAAAUGUCAUAUCACAUAAGGGCAUGCAUGGAGCACAAUGAUGCUGUCCUAUAAGAUGACUAAUUAUUUUUUCCGGGUUUUGAAAAACAUCUCAGGCUCUGUCUGUGUGUACUUUAGUACUUUAAAACCAAACACAGCGGCCUUAUUUAUACAGUAUAUCCAAUAUUUUUUGUAGUACACAAUCUGUUCACAACCUUCCAAGUACAGUUUUAACAUUACAUUAGAGCCCUCUAGACAUGAAAUAACACCCCUACAGUCACCUUUACACUUCUAUUACCCACUACAUAAGUUCAUGUGGUCUUUUUGUGUGUUCCGGUGCUUGGGUGAGUAGACAGGAAGUGAUGUCAAGGGUUCGGUUAAAUUUUUAGCUUCAUGACGAGAGUUGCACAUUACACGGUGUAACGGAUUAUUGUGCCUGUUAGAUAAUUCAAACCCUGCAAUAAAAGCCUGUUCUGGUG